AUGUUGGUGGAAGGGCGAUGUAGUAUUGGCUCUUAUCCAAUGAACAGGCCAGACGCAAGGGAGUUCACAGAUUCGUUUAACCCAGGGAAGCACACACCAGGGAAGCAUUACGUCCUUACCGGCGCAUUUCUUGAAAAUAUUACAGGAUUUGAUGCUCAAUUUUUUGGAAUAUCUCCAAGCGAAAGCCGUUCAAUGGAUCCCCAACAGCGAAUACUUCUUCAAGUUGUCUUUGAAGCGAUUGAAGACGCUGGCAUACCCCUUGAGGACUUACAACAAUGUCGAACUGGCGUUUAUGUUGGAUCUAUGUGCACGGAAUAUAGUGCACUGGUUUUUGAUCAUUCGAAUAUUAGAAAGAUUGAUCAGUUCUCGUCAACUGGCUGCUCUAUGUCAGUUAUAGCCAAUCGCAUUUCUUUUUCUAACCUAACUGGCCCUAGCAUCGCUUUGGAUACUGCUUGUUCCUCGUCUUUGGUUGCUUUGGACAUUGCAUUUCAACACUUACAAACUGGCGAGUGUGACGCAGCUAUAGUUUGUGCCCCUAAUAUAAUUCUCAUUGGAAACCAAUUUCACACGGCAUGCUGCAGAACUGGGCUGUUAGCCGAAGAUGGUCGUUGCAAAUGUUUUGAUAUCAAAGGUGACGGCUAUGGGCGAGGAGAAGGUGUAGCUGUCUUAAUAAAACCUACCCAAACAGCCUUAGAUGAUAGAGAUAAUAUCUAUGCAGAGGUCUUGGCUUGCGGAACAAAUAAUGAUGGCCAAACAGCGAUUCCAAUGACAGCACCUAGUCAGGUAACACAAGCCGCUCUUUUAAGAGUUCUUCAAGAGUCAGGUCUGACCAAGGACGAUAUAACAUACGUGGAAGCACAUGGCACCGGUACAGCCGUUGGAGAUGUCGUCGAAAUGGGAUCACUAUCAGCAGUCUAUGGCAAUAGUGGCAAAAGAUUACUUCGUGUAGGAUCAGUGAAAUCAAACCUCAUGAUGCCUGAAAGAAAAAUGGUGGUUCAAGUUUCCAAUGAAACUUGGAAAACCGAGGAUGAUAAGCCGAGAACCGCCGCGGUAUCUUCGUAUGGAUUCGGCGGCGCAAAUGCCCAUGCAAUCAUUAGGGAAGUAACUACAAAGCCAACUAUAAUCCCAAGCAGAAAUUCAUCCAACAGAGUUCUAACAUUGUCGGCAGCGUCGAAAGAAGCAUUGAGAGCAAUGGCUAAAAAGGUGUCCUUAUCGCUAAAGAUAAAGCCUGAUGACGACGAACUUCUUAAAGAUAAUAUUUGUUAUUCCCUCAACGAAAGGUACACAAUGCAACUUUAUCGCUUGGCGGAAAACGGAUGGGAAGAUUGGUGGCUACAGGGGCCGUCACUAAGCCGCGUCGUGAAGUCGUAUUCCUCUAUGGUGGUCAAGGUGCACAGUGGUAUGACGGCUCUGUUUGCCAUACAUUUUGCUUUAACCGAGCUACUAAAAUCAUGGGGUGUUUUACCGUCCGCGGUUAUUGGUCAUAGUCUUGGAGAAAUAUCUGCAGCCUGGGCAUCUGGAGCAUUAAAUUUGAAUAAAGCUUUGCAGUUGGUUUUGUUUCGCUCUCAACUUCACGAGAAAUGUUCACCAACAGGAUGUAUGGCUGCCAUUGGGAUGACAGAAAAGGAAGCUCGACAUAUGCUGCAAGAUCUUCAACUGACAAAUGAGGUCGACGUUGCCGCCGUGAAUAGCCCAGGUAAUGUUGUGUUAUCUGGUAGCAAAAGGUCAAUGGAGCUGGUGGAAAACCAUGUGUCCAGUGAAAGAAGCAAUCUUUUUUGGAAGAAACUUACUACGACUCGAGCAUACCAUAGUAGAGAAAUGGAUGAAAUAAAGCAAGCAUUCCUUAAUCUCACAAAGGAUUUCAAAGUUUGUGAAACUUCAAGCAAUGUGCCAUUUUAUUCAACUGUUACCGGCACUAAGUUGCCCGGUAAUCUCUUAUCACUUGACCAUUGGUGGCGUAACAUCCGACAAGCGGUUUUACUGGAGCCCGUAUUAAAAAAGAUGUUUUCGGAUGGUCACCGGUUCUUUAUUGAAAUAAACGCAGUACCUCAGCUUUCAUACCAUGUUCGUCAGACUUGGUCUCACAAUCAUCCGUCAGAUUCUCUACGUUCAAACGACGUCGUUGUGGUUCAAACUCUACCAAAACAAUCAGUGAAAAGCCAGCACUUAUCAUUUCUUCAAAACUGCGUGGCUCGCCUCUUCGCAAAUGGUGUUCCCUUAUCUUGGAACAAAGUGCAAGGCUCGGGAUCGAAAACAUUUUUCCCCCGUCCAACAUAUCCUUGGCAAGAAACAAAGUAUUGGUACCGCGAAUCGCAUCCACCAGAAUGUGUUACAUUUUACGAUGAGCACAAGACUAAUGAAGAAAAUAAGAAAACCACCAAAUUCCAUCCCCUUCUUGGUAAAGUAGUCCCGACGGAAACGUUCAGUGGUUUGCUGGCUUGGGAAUCUGAAAUCAAUUUGCACGAUGUUUCGUAUCUCCAGGAUCAUAAAUUUUCUCAAUCUUCAAACCCCUUGAUACCUGCCGCUGUUUAUAUAGAGAUUGUAUUUGCUAUGUCCUUGCACUUGUCUCCACGGGCAGCGCCUGAUGUUCGAAACAUCAGUUUCGAUAGUCUACUGUCCAUAUCCGAGAAUGACUCGCACAAGAUAAGAACACGUCUUCUACCUGAAAAAUCCCUUGGUGGAAAUAAAUCAUUUCAGAUCUCUGCAGUGGAAAGCGACGAGCGAGAAUUAACUGUCUCUCAGGGUUCCAUUCAGAUUGGUAUUGAUGAUGGAUAUAGAUCGAAAGAAGUCUCCCAGAAAGGAAAUCCGUACGAUAUUGAAAUUCUUAAAUCUUCAAUGGAAGAAUGGUCAAGGGCAGAUUUUCUUAAAGCUCGUGAAACUGCGGGUUUCGCAUUCGGUCCUCAGUUUGACUUGAUAGUCAGGGCGUGGUCCAGUGGCAAUGAAGCCCUUUCUCUCAUAUGUCCGACUGAAGAAAUCGCUAAUACAGAAGAAUAUGUCUUGCAUCCUUCGGUGAUUGAUGCAUGUUUACAGACAACCAUUCUGUUGGACAUCAAAUCUGUCGUUAAAGCUGUGCCAAAGGAGAUUAAACGCAUCAACAUUUUGAAACAGACGACGUGCACGCAGCAGUUUUAUGCUCACGCAAAGAUCGUAGAAUCAGAAAAAGGAGAGGCGUUUAACAUUUUCCUUUUGGAUCAGUGUGGCCGUGCUUUGAUGAUUAUUGACCAGUUUACUAUAGAAGAAAUACUGUCAGAUCGAGAGGAAGUGAAAUUUGAUAACGCAGUGUUCACAUUUGGUUGGCAGCAGUUGGCGUCUGGCUCUUCAAAAGUUCGUGAGCAUUACGUUUGGCUGAUUCUGAGAGACCAAAGUAAAUUUGCUGAACGAUUUGCACAGCAUGUCCUGCAAAGCGGAAGUGUUCAUUUUGUUGACAAACAAGAUACCUCAGAUGAAUCUCGUGAUGCAUUUUCCCGAUCGCUAGAUAAAGUAUUGGGGAAAAUAGAAGCUAAUCAAAAGCUAAUGGUGAUCAAUUUCUGGCCUGUGGAUGCAAGCAAAUUCAAUAUCGAUACGCGCAACUUUGAUGCUGCUCAUAGCUCUGCGUUUGAGAGCUGUCUUUUGAUUUCUCAAGAAAUUUUAAAGAGAGAAGAGUUUCUCAAACAGAUUCAGCUUGUGUUCAUCACUUCAGGAGUGAUUUCAAUUCCUCAACUAGAACGAAGUUCUGAUGAUACUUUUCCAUGGUCUGGAUCUGUAUUUGGAUUUAGAAGAACCUUCUCAGAAGAAAUCACUGUCCCCACUGCCUCUGUGAUUGAUUUGCCGGCCAAUCCUAGCGAUGAAGAUUUCCAUGCAAUUGCACAAGACAUUGAAAAAACAUUGCUAGAAGAAGAGAUUGUAUAUAGAAAUGGUGAACGGUAUGUCAAUCGUAUUCAAAAGUUUGAUCCUGACGAGUCCAAAUGUACGAAAAGGGAAUCACCUUUAGGGGAAGAUGGAGCACUAAAGCCUGUAAAGAUGGCGAGUUGGUCAGGUCAGUGGUUUCUACAGAAAGGGUCAAAAGAACGGAUUGGAGAAAUUGAAGUCUACUAUGCCUGUCCUAUUCUUCAUAAGCAUUGGAAAGAUCUGAAACCGAACGAUCUUAUUUCAAUUGCUGGGAAAAUGUGCAAUGGACUGGAGGCAAACAAUGAUCCCUUUGUGUUGGGCAUCUGUAAAAUUGAUAAUCUUGGAAGUUACGUUGCCGCAGAGGAAACCUGCUUCACGGAGAUAAAAGCCAUUUUCACCACUCAACAAGCUGUGUCCAUUGGAUUUCCCAUGGCAAUGUCUUACUACAUUCUCACAAAUCUUCUUUGUGGCAUAGAAGGUGAUAAGAAAGUUCUUGUCUAUCAUCAAAGUGAAGAAGUAUGCUACAUUUUUGCUUGCGUUGCCGCGUCUGUAGGUAUAAAUGUUGUGUGUCUUGUUCACAAUCCGUCAAGUAAAGAUCGAUUUGGAGAGUUAUUGGUUGUAAGUGAAAACGAAGUAGCGAAAGCUGAACAUAAGGAUAAUAGCUGUAAGGAUUUUGAUGCUGUUUGCCUUCUGAGCAGAAGCAGUACUUAUGUCACAGGUGAAAUACUGAAACAUCUUAAACAAGGAGCAAGUGUUAUUACAUGUACCCUCGACGGGGCCGAAAUUAUGAUGCUUAACUCAUGGGUUUACGUGAAAGAUGUUCGCUUUAUUUUGACUAGUUUACAAGACAUAACUAAGAGUUCUGCAGAUUUUUCCAUGCUAUUGGAUUCGUGUUAUUCAGUCUUGAAAGCGAAAGGGCUUUGGAACAAGCUUCUAGAUAUAGCUCAAAAAGCAUCGAGCAUAUACGAUGUUAUGCAACGUGGCGAUGAAUCCAAUAACCGAUGCCUACCUGAAGUUGAACGAAAAGGGAACUUUGGUUUAAACAUAAUUUCUGUGAAGCCAGAGACAGUUCCUGGGCAGGUUGAUUUCUAUAAUCUACCUCUUGACAUCAAUGGUUUUGGAUUCCAAAUCGCAAGAUGGAUGGUUGAAAAUGGGGCAAAAACAGUCAUGUGUACAGCGCGGUCACCACCAAGUGACGAAAAGAUUGCGGAGGUCCAACAAUUAGAGAAGAAAACUGGAUCUCGUAUCCUUCUACGUCAAGCAGACGUCACAUCUUGGGAUGAAAUGAAUGCCAUUAGAAGCGAACUAGAAAGUCUACCUGAUGUAGCUGGAAUCGUUUUUACCGCUAUGGUAUUGGCCGACCAGUUUCUCAAGAAAGCCGAUUUGAAGACAUGCAGAAAUGUUGUAGGGACAAAGGUGAAAGGAAGUGUUAUCCUUCACCAACUCAGUCUUUCGAUGGAUCUAGAUUUCUUCAUUAUGUUUUCCUCAAUAUCUGGAGUUCUUGGUAAUGUUGGGCAAGCAUCUUACGCUGCAGCUAACACAUUUUUAGACCAACUAUGUGAAUAUCGUCGAAACAAGCUUGGCCUGCCUGCUUUGUCUAUUAACUGGGGACCGAUCAGUGGUGCUGGAGUACUGGAAAGAAAUGCAGAUAUCACAUCAGUCCUGGAAACCUACGGAUUUUUUGCUCUUCACUAUACGCAAGCAACUGAGUUUAUGGAACGCAUCAUUCUUAAAAAUUUUAACGAAGCUCAAGUUUGCAUAUCUCCUGUGAAUUGGCAAGUUUAUCUUAGAACUCAUAAUUCUCUGAGGUUCCAAUGGAAACGAGAAGAAACGCUGAAUUCAAAAAGUUCAAGAUUUCAUUAG